ACCCCGCAGCAGCGCGAAGUUUGUCCCUCUGGUUUCUCCGUAGGUGUGUCUGUCAUCAUCAGCAUGGCGAGCUCCAGUCGUGUAGUGAUGGAGGGGGACUUCAUGAGAAAUGCUGAAUAUACACCGAAAUCCACCGGGCAGAGUGAGACAGAUAUUGACAAACGCCUUGGUGGCUGUCUGAUGGCAGUGGGGCUGGGAGUUGCAGCGGCAGGGUUUGCAGGUCGAUAUGCUUUCCACUUAUGGAGGCCUCUGAGUCAGGUGAUUACAGAAGCUGCUAAGAAGUUACCCUCUACGAAAGCGAUGAUAUGUGGGAAUGAAAUUUGGAUUUUUCCGUGUUCAUUUCCACAUCUUGAGGCGCAUGUUUGCGUGCGGUGUUGGCAUGUUAAACCUCCUGCUGUAGGGCGAUGGACUGAUUCAUCACAUCUUACUGGCCGUUGCUGUAGUUCACGCUGUGCUUCUGGUUUCUGAUGGAGUUUGUAAAGCUGUUUUGUCCAGGUUCUUCUUAAUCUCCAGGGUUGUGUGGUCGGGGCUGGUUCCCAGUGCUUUGACUCAACCUGUCCACCUGUGUGCACUCUGAAAUUUCUAUAAUCUCAGCGGCUUUCUCCUAAACCGGGUUCGCGACAGAGCACACUUGUAAUAGAUCAUUAUUAGAGUUAUUAAUCCAGUGAUUUCAUCAUUCUGUGAAUCACAUAAUGGAUGAGUGUGAUUAAGUGUCCUGUUGUGGGCUGAGAUUGGACUGAACAUUCUGGCCUCUCUUGCACUCUGAACAUACACAUGUUUUUACUCAAUCGUGAACUCUGACCAAAAUCCUGCAGUAUGUACGAUUUCUGAAGGAGCCACAGACCAAUGUUAUUCUGUUAUGGAAUUUUAAUUAAAGGGAUAGUUCAGCAAACAACUAUGAGAAUUCUGCCGUUGUUUAUUCACCCUCAUGAGUACGUGUUCC